GUGCAAUAGUCUGGCUCCGGCAAGCGGAGGCCCGAGCUGUCUUUCCCGGUCCUGCCCUGUCCUGCCUUGUGACCGGGACCUCAGGCGAACAUGGCGGUGCUGGCGCGGCUGCUGGUGGGACUCGCCCUCAUAGCACAGGUGACCUGUGAGUAUGGAAUGGUCCAUGUGAUUGCCGAGCCAGGGAAUGGCAAAGGAAAAGACUACUGUAUCCUGUACAAUUCCCAAUGGGCCCACUUACCACCUGGCCUUGGCAAAGCAUCUUUGUUACAGCUUCAGGACCAAACAACAUCUGUCUUAUGUUCUCAAUCUGAUGUCCCCAGUGGGGGAUUUAACAACCGAAUCCCUAUGGUGAUGCGUGGAAACUGCACCUUCUAUGAGAAAGUGAAACUGGCCCAAAUGAAUGGGGCUCGGGGACUUCUAGUAGUCAGCAGAGAAAAACUGGUCCCUCCAGGAGGCAACAAGACUCAGUAUGAUGAGAUUGGUAUUCCUGUGGCCCUCCUCAGCUAUAAAGACAUGCUUGACAUUUGCAAGACUUUUGGUCACUCAGUGAGAGUGGCAUUGUACGCCCCCAAGGAGCCUGUCCUUGAUUACAACAUGGUCAUCAUCUUCAUCAUGGCUGUGGGGACAGUUGCAGUUGGAGGCUACUGGGCAGGAAGCCAGGAUGUGAAGAAGAGGUUCAUGAAGCAUAAGCGCGAUGAUGGAACAGAAAAACAUGAUGAUGAGACAGUGGAUGUGACUCCCAUAAUGAUUGGAGUGUUUGUGGUGAUGUGCUGUUCCAUGUUGGUCUUGCUUUACUACUUCUAUGAUCAUCUUGUAUACAUGAUUAUAACUAUAUUCUGCCUGGCAUCAUCCACUAGCCUCUAUAGUUGUCUUUAUCCUUGUAUAAAAAGACUCCCAUUUGGGAAAUGCAGGGUUCCAGACAACAAUUUACCGUAUUUUCACAAGCGGCCACAGAUUCGUAUGCUGCUCCUAGCAAUAUUUUGUAUCACAGUCAGUAUAAUAUGGGGAGUCUUCCGGAAUGAAGAUCAGUGGGCCUGGGUCCUUCAAGAUGCUCUGGGAAUUGCCUUCUGCCUUUACAUGUUAAAAACCAUUCGCCUGCCAACUUUCAAGGCUUGCACUUUGCUUCUAUUAGUGCUCUUCAUCUAUGAUGUAUUUUUCGUAUUCAUCACACCAUUUCUAACAAAGAGUGGGAACAGCAUAAUGGUAGAAGUGGCUGCUGGUCCUUCGGAUUCUACCACUCAUGAAAAGCUCCCCAUGGUGCUGAAGGUCCCAAGAUUAAACUCUUCACCAUUAGCACUCUGUGACAGGCCAUUUUCUCUAUUAGGCUUUGGAGAUAUCUUAGUGCCAGGAUUAUUGGUAGCCUAUUGCCACAGAUUUGACAUCCAGGUGCAAUCCUCUAGAGUCUACUUUGUAGCUUGUACUAUAGCCUAUGGCAUCGGCCUUCUGAUCACUUUUGUUGCUUUGGCGUGGAUGCAGAGGGGUCAGCCAGCUCUCCUUUAUCUAGUGCCCUGCACUGUGAUCACAAGCUUUGUGAUAGCUUUAUGGAGAAAGGAGCUGAGAAUGUUCUGGACAGGCAGCGGCUUUGCGGUUUUUGGGGGAAGAUAACUUGAAUUUCAAAACUGAAUUAUAAGGGCCUCCUCAAAGCCUUUCCCUCUGAUAGAAGUUACUGAUUGGUGUGCUUCUCAUCCAGCUGUUGAACUGACAUUAAAAGAAUGAUUUGUUUGAGUUAAGGUUGAGUAUAGGAGAAGGGAGCGUGACAAUUUAUGAGCAGGUGAGGCAAGUUAAGCUUUCAGAAAGGGGAAAAAAAGGAAUCCUGGACCCCAUUGGCAAAAGGAAGGGCUCCUUUUGUCCUGUUUAUGGCAAAGCCUCAAGCUGAAGAGGCACAGAUGUAAGGAAUCUACAGCCUUUUUGUUGUUUAUUUUUUAAACCCUUGCCUUCUAUCUUAGUAUCAAAUCUAAGACCGAAGAGCAGCAAGACUUAGGCAAUCAGGGUACUUGCCCAUGGUCACACAGCUAAGAAAUAUCUAAGGCCAGAUUUGUGCCUCUCUUUUUAGAAUAGCACCUUGAACUGCUAUUUUCGUUCUUGGCCUGAACACUAUGGAGAAUUUGAGCAUUUAACAUUCCAUUUUUAUUCAAGAAUCAUUGCUAUAUAUUUUAACAACUGGAGCUAUCCAUGAGUAGAAGAGACGCUCCACGUCAAUGGAAGUCUGUAAGCAGAAGCUGCAUCAUCACCUUCCAGGGACAUUCUGUUCAGUCUCAAGUUGGACUGGGUCCAUUCUGGCUCUGAGAUCUAUGAUUUAUGGGUCUUUGAGUGCAUCUUAAAAGGAACCGUAGUUCUUAUGUAUUCAAGUGACUAUAAUUAUAAAAUAUUUUCAUAUAACUGAAUGGCUCAAUUUUGCUUUAAUAUGGAAUCAGCGACAUAUGUAAAUUCUUUUCCAAAUCCUUUGGGAAAAGAGUUUGAGCUUCAGGGCUUAUUGUUAUUUUGCUCUGAAAAAGCUUGACUUGCCUUACCUUCUUUACUAUCAUUUCUAUUCCUCCAUCCAAUAUUGCUUGUGGAGGUAUGGAAUCCCCUCUAGGAUAGACUUUUUCAGGUCUAUAAUGUCGGGGGUCUCAUUGAAUAUAUUUACAUUGCCUUACCUAUGACUUUUCUUUUGUAGAAGGACCUGCCUCAACCUCCCUGGGUGAUGGCUUCAACUGAAUGUCCCCAACCCCUAAAAGAUUCAAAUGCUUCCCCUUCUCAACAGGAUCCAAACAAAGAAUGGAUCAACCCCACCCUCCAAGCAGACCAACUCUCUGAUCCACCUGUGUCCUUGGAGAAAACAGCAGAUGCCAGUGAACCUCUGAGCUCUGCCCCUUCUGAUUCAGAACCAGCCAAUCAAGACAACAAGGACCAACCUCAUCAAGAGAUUGGAGAGGCCCAUCAGACUAGAUGAGGAAAGUGGAGAUAGGAAUCGUGGCACCUGCUACAUGGUCCUGAGUGCCCAUGGACUGGUUCUAACAUUCACUAAAGAACCCCACAGCAUCAUUCCUCCUACAGUUGCUGAUACUUGUUAGGUCCCCCUUCCCCCUCUUUCUGAAAUAUGGUGCUCUCAUUCCCUUCUGAUGCCCAUUUCAGGGAGAACUUGAAUAGGUUUCUCUUCCUCCACUCCUGCCUUCCUUCUCAUGCCCGCCUUGUACUAAGAGGUUUUAUUUAUGCAUUGCCCUAUGCUUGCGUGACUGCUGUGUUUCUCUAGCCUGACUGAGCUUAAUCUUGAAUGGGAAGCACUGGACUGUUUAGCUAACAUGAAAAGCUGAGAGAAGUCAUUGAUAGUACUUUCUCUUUAGCCAACAGUUAACAUUUCAUUUUUCUCUUUAUGAUAUCUUAAUUACAAAUGAAUGAUUUCAUAUAAUCAGAUAUUUAAGAAGCAAGAAAUGGUCCAUCAUUUCACCUCCUUUCAAAAGGUACGAAUUUCUGUUCUGGUGCAUGAAGUGCAUCAUGACUCUAGGGUUUUUCCCCCCUGCUCUUAAAAAAUGGUCUGGUCAAAGACUCCAGAAUGUAGAAGGCUUUUAUAGAUAAAAUAUUCACUGAGUAGACUACCUCUUGUCUAGCCUAGUAAGUAUGUUAACAAUUUUUUGUUUCUCAUGAGAUAGGAAAACAAAGCCACCACAUGCUAGUCUCCAGGUAAUUAGGGAAAAGACUUUGAUUACAUAUAAAUGAUAUAAAGAAAGUGGUGCAGGAAUUUGGAGGAACUGGUCAAUACUGGGAGUGAAAUAGACCCUAAAGUCUAUUGGCUCUUGUGUUAGAUAAGAAGGUAUUGCUCUGUUUAAUUGAUUGUGUCUUAUGAACUUGAGUGGCUAAAUAAGUGGGGGAAAGCAUGUUCAGAAACCUGGAUUUAGUUCUAACUCUUAAAUGCGUCUACUCUGUUUUCCUGAAAAUAAUUGGAUGCCUCCUCACCCGCACCCCUAGCUGUUGAGAUCUAGGACCUUAUAGGCAGUGUUCUCUGUUUUGCUAAGUCACUCAGAGGAUAAUUCCUUAGAACUAAAGCAGUAUUGCCUCUGGAGAUUUGGCAUCUCCGUGGGACUAUGUUUCAGAGCUCAAAGAGGAGGGGAAGCUAUUAUAAACUCACUUUAGAUAAAAUAAAAUGUGACUUUUGGGUUUCUAGUAAUUUUGUUAGGCUGAGUUCUAGGGUUAGCAUGGACUCCCCUAACUCAUCUAAAUUCAGGUGACCUUUUUUCUACCACUGGAAAGUUACUGAGGCUAUGGACCUAUGGUUCUCUGUCUCCCUCCCCUUUGCCCUUGAAAGGGGGAUCUGAGUGAGGACAUUGUUCUCUGCUCUCUUUCCUUUAUACAUGACAACUAGCUACAGCCAUUGCUGAGCAAACCAGUGUGAGAGGUAAAUAUCUUCAGCCUCUUUGGCAGAUCCAGCAUCUCAGCAUUUGUUUACUUAGACAUAAGAUCCAUUUUGUUUUGAACAGAGAAACCAGGGGCUUUCAAUUUUAUUUCUAAGAAUCAAGAAUUCCUGUUUUUUAAGGCUCUACAUUCCAAUCCAUAAAAGUAACUUAAGUCCUGCACCUUGCAAUAGUAAGGAAUGCAUUUAAAAUCUAGCUAAGGAAUUUUUGCAAUAUAUGGGAAUAUUCUGGAAUGGUAUUCUGUCUUCUACCUCACUGAUAGGGUUCUCACAUCACUACUAGAGAGACAUCGUUUGGUGCACGAAGAAAGGGGCAGGAAAUGCCUAACUGCCAUGUGGCAUUUGUAGAAAGGCACAGAUGAAUGGUUCCGUUAUAUCAAGGCCACUAUGGCUGAAGUGCAAGGCUGCCCAGUCUUGCUCCACCUUCCUCCCUUUCCACUGUCUUUUCCCUGAAACAUCUGGAGUGUUGUCCCUUUUAUGUAGUUAGAAAAGCCCUGAUGUAUAAGAGAGAGUGUUUCUUACCUGUCUCCCUGGACCACAGAAACCUCAAUUAUGUCAUCUCCCCCUGUACCAAGUUAUAGUAAGGUAGCUAAAAAACCUAAGCUCUAAGACUGUAAAGCCUCAGUGGGCUCUUCAGAGUGGGCCCCUUAAGAAACACCCUUUUUUCAGGAGGGUUCCACUUCUUAGCCUGUCACCUUUCCCGAAGCAUGAAAGUGUUCCCUCAACUUUCCUUGGGCUCAGAAAGUGGAGCUAGGAUCUCUUUGUACAUCAGGGUUUGGAGUUCUCUUCAACCCAAAUGUCCAAUGAGGUGGAGUGUCGCUUGGGACCAUCUUGGCAACUUUAUACUUGACUACUCUUCUAAUCUUGUCUUUAGUCCUCCAGGCAGCCUUUUCAAAUUUGAGCUUUGAAAAAAUUUCCAGUUAAUGGAUAAUGUAUGACAGGUACACACAUACCUACUUAUUUUUCAUUCAACCACUCUUAAAACUAGAACUUUUCAACAUUGUAGUUACUGUUCAGGGCUCUGCCUUUCAGGUAUACCUCCCCCUUGUCUGAUUCUUGGCAGAGCUUCCCAGAAUAUCAGAGUCUUUGGGUAAAAUCAUAAACUUCCGGAAAAAAUACCAGCAUUGAGGAUUUAUGAAUAGCCUUAGUCAGCCAUUAGUCCUCUGGGGAGGAGGGGUGGAUUUUCUAGUUGAAGGAAGAAAAAAUGUCUCCAGAGUCCUUAAACCUGUUUGCGUAUUUCUCUUGGGUUAAAAUGAACUGAUAACAACCUGGGAACAAUACCAAAUGGACCUUUCCCUCCUACUUGUGUUCCUGUCCUUUUGUGAGCAUGUUGCCAUGGGCUAACAUGAUGCGAGUGAGCUCCUGUGCCAGCCAGGGAGGGACCUGAGUUGGAACCUGCUUCAGCCAAUUGGACUACGCCUUAAUUUAAGCCAUUUUAUACUUGUGUAUGGUAAAUGUGGGGUUGAUUGUUUUUGGUUUUGUGUUUUUUUUUUAAUUAGAAAAAUGUCAAGAAAUUCAAAGGCAGAUGUACCUAACGUUUGAAUUUCAUAUUUUUUGCCUUGCUUCUGUUUAACCUUAUCAUUAAACAUAGUUUUUGGUAUUUAAAACCCAGCAUUUGAACUUUAAUGUGAAGCAGUAGGGAAGAUAAAUGCCAAGUUUGCUGUCAAAAUAAAGAUUCCAUCACCUA